CAAAAACAAUGCCACAUUUAUCGUGGAGUGAGCACAUGAGGAGUGUGGUUCACUGAAAUAUGAUUGAAGCGGAAUGGAAAUAUUUAAAUGAGCCUAGCUGUAGCAUUAUUUAGGUAAAUAGACUAGUCAGUGUCAGAUUCUGAAUGGCUCGCUAAUAAGGGAUUACUUUGUGUGCGAGUCAGCGGAGGUCGAUUAAAGAAGGAUGGGCUGUGAUGUGUUCAAGAUGGCGGCGCCCUGUGGAGUGUAGAGACUCUAACAGUGGUGCCUGGAGACUGUAUUGGCCGGAGGCCCAGGGAGCCCUCCAGGCAGGACGCUGUGAGAGAGACGACUGGGACACCUGCCCUCCUCAGGCCUUGACGGAGACUGUCUGCCACCACCUCACCCUCCGCUGUCAACAUGGCCAGAGAGCAGCCCAACGUUGGGGACCUCCUCCCUCUCCUGGAGUCCUCUGACAUCCGCCAACUGGAGGAGAUCAAAGGCCUUAUCAAUGAGCACCUCAGCACUGAGCGAGGGUCAAUGCUGCUGAAUGGACUGGUGGACUACUUCUUGGAGACUAACUCGGCCCAGGCCAUGCAUAUCCUCUCGUCAGUCAGAGAGCCACAUGAUAAGCACCUGCUGGACAAGAUGAACGAGUGUAUGACCAAACAGGCCUGCCGGCUGCCCACCCUCACUCUGCUUGGCCACGUGGUCCGCAAGCAGCCGUCCUGGAUCCACAAGAUCGCCCGCUACCCGCUGCUGCUCUCGCUGCUCAAAUGCCUCAAGACGGAUUCAGACGUUGUGGUCCUCAUAACUGGAGUCCUGGUGUUGAUCACUCUGCUACCCAUGAUCCCCCAGGCUGGCAAACAACACCUGUAUGAGUUCUUUGACAUCUUUGGACGCCUGGCUUCCUGGAACCUGAAGAACCCAGGCCACGUCUCCGAGGUGUACCUCAUCCACCUGCACGCCAGCGUCUACUCGCUCUUCCACCGCCUCUACGGCAUGUACCCCUGCAACUUUGUGUCCUACCUGCGCUCCCACUACAGCAUGAAGGAGAACGUGGACACCUUUGAGGAAGUGGUGAAGCCGAUGCUGGAACACGUCCGUAUUCACCCGGAACUAGUGACUGGAACUAAGGACCAUGAGCUUGAUCCCACCAGAUGGAAGAGAUUUGAGAUCCAUGACAUUGUCAUAGAAUGCGCCAAAGUCUCUCUGGACCCCAAGGAAGCGUCGUGUGAGGAGGGCUAUGCGACCAUGCCUGAGAACCUCUACCCCCAGAUGCAGCUUUGUCCACAAGACUCAGCCUCUAGCCCCUACACAGACUUCCACAGCAGCUUCGGAAGCUCCUCUUUGACCCCCUUCUCUACCCCACGCCAGCCCCAACCACCACCCCUGUCCCUGCUCCCUCUGUCAGGGACCCAGUCUUCCUAUCGCAGCCCCCAGACCUCCAGACGUCAGAACUCUAGCUGUGAACUCAACUCCACCUGUGGGGGAAAAGAACUGUGGAGCCCCUCCUCCCUGUGUGGAAUGGCCACACCCCCUUCCUCCAGGGGCAUGUCACCCAACCCAGAGCUCUCCCAUAGUGCCUCUUACCUCUCAGGCCACCGCGUCCACAGCACAUCAGGAGGGAAAGGAACGCCUGCCUCAAGUACUCCUGCCACCACCUCCCCGCCCCCCAGCCUCUCUGAUGAGUUCCCCACCAUCCCCCUGACAUCCAACACCGCUAGUCCACCACGGAAGCAUGGCGGCCCUGUAGAAGCAUCCAAACCCAGCCUGGUGAGGCAAGAACCAAUCAGAGAUCCUGAGAAAGGUGGAGAGGUCAUCAACAACAGAGAUGCAAGUGGUGGUGAGCCCAUUUCCAUGACGCUGACAGAACUUUCAGUCUUUAUGAAGGAGCAGGAGCUGGAGCUUCAGCUGAGGACAGAGAAGGAGAGGGAAGAGGCUGCCAUCACAGAGGAGCUCCUGGAGAUCACGGAGGACAAGCGAGACUUGGCUGCCCUGAGGGGCUUUGACUCGCCGUUCUACCGCACCACUGAGACCCUGACAGGUACCCAGGAGAAGCCCCUGCCCAACCCCCCACUGGGUGGCCUCAUGCUGCCCCGGGACCCCCACCAUGCGGUGUCCACCCCAGACAAGGCACUGGAGAAUGCCCAGGGCGCUAAUGGUGGUGGGGACAAUAGUAGGGGCUCGGCCCUAGAGCACUCCUGGUCUUUCCAACCCAUGUGUCCCUUCAGCCCCAUCGAACACCCACUCCACCAGAGCCCCUCUGCCCCGGAGUACGAGAUGGCCAAGUUCGGUGGCCUGUUCUCCCCCAGCCCCUCCAUCAAGAACCCCUCCCUGCCCUAUGAGGCCCUGUUUGACCUGGCUCUGCCCCGGGCCGCAUCCCUCUUUGUGGGGAGGAGGACAUCGGAGGCCCUGGGCAGGGCUGCUCUCGAAAGGCUGUGCCAGCGGCAGGAGGGGCUGGAGGACAGGGAGGAGGAGGGCGAGGGGAGGGUGUCGGCUUCCCCCCUGGAGGUGCUGGAUCGUCUUGUUCAGCAGGGAAGCGACGCCCACGACAAGGUGCUCAACAGAUUACCUUUGCCGAGCAAGUCAGCUGACUGGACACAUUUUGGAGGCUCGGCUCCGCUGGACGAGCUGCACACGUUGCGUAGCCAGCUGCUCCUGCUGCACAGCCAGCUGCUGUACGAACGCUACAAGCGAGAGCAGCACGCCGUCCGCAACCGACGCCUACUGCGACGCGUCAUCAACGCCACCGCACUGGAGGAACAGAACAACGCCAUGAAGGACCAGCUGAACCUCCAGAGUGUGGACAUCGUGUCUCUGAAGGAGAGUCUGCGGGUGGAGCAGCAGCGCUGCAGACAGCUGUGGGACGAUCGAGAGACUGUGGUCACCAGACUACACAGCCAGGUCCGCCAGCUCCAGCAGGGCCGGGACGACUACUACACCAAGAACCAGGAACUGCAGAGUCAGUUGAAUGAGUAUCAGAAGAAGAUGAAUGAGCUGGAGGCAGAUCUGCAGAGGUCCAACAACAAGGUGUGUCACACGGGGCACCUUCUCAACCAGAUGACUACCAAGCUGAGCACCAGUGAGCGCACCCAGCAGCAGAUGAGCUUCCUGAACAAGCAGCUGCUGCUCCUGGGGGAGGCCCACAAGCUGGCUGUACAGCGGCAGCAGCACACAGGCUCAGACAAUGCCAUGGAGGCCCAGAUGGUGCAGGUGUCCUGGGGGAAGGAGGUGGAGAGGCUGAGGCAGAGCCUGCUGCAGCAGGGCCAGAAGCUGGAGGCAGCGCAGCAGAGGGUGGGCGAGCUGGAGACACAGCUCACCAAGAAGGAACACCUUAUCGUGGAGCAGAAGAAGUUUCUGGACGACGUCAAGGGCCGGGCCAAGGGCGAGCUGCAGGCAUCAGACAGCAGGUACCAGGCCCAGAGGAGAGUGACCCAGCUCCUGCAGACGGAGCUGCUGCAGCUCUACAGUAGACUGGAGAUGGAGGGUCAUGCCACCCUGACCACAGCCUCAGCAGGGGGCAGCUGUGACGAUCCUGGCCCUCCUAUAGACUCUAGUAUCAUGGAGCCAGAUGCACCAGUCACAUCAGGAACCAAUGAGUGGUCAGAUAACGGCAGACCACCUCAGUCCCCACAACGCAACGGCAGCACUUUACCUCCAGGGCAACCAAAGGCCAACAACCCCCCUAAGAUGCCCCCUGUCAACUCAGUCAACGGCACCCAGGAAGUCCCCAAGUCUCUCCUUGUGGAGCCUUCCUGUACCUAUGCCCCCCCACUGCCCGCCGAUGCCACCCCCCUCACUGUUGGCUCCUACCCCAGCGCCAAGAGCUUCCUGGGCAUGCGGGCGCGAGAGCUGUUCCGGAACAAGAGCGAAAGCCAGUGUGACGAGGAGCCGCCACCCCCCCGCCUGGCCGGCCUAUCACAGGGCCUGAAGACUGAGCUGUGUGUGGAGCCCUCAUUUCCCCCACUGGGGAAUUCUCUGACGUGUCCUGUCUCUAACCCUGUCCUUAACCUUACCCUUUCCCCUGCCCUUGCCUCUCUACUGGGUGCCCCUCUCACUGUGCCCGCCAAGGAGCACCCGCCAGAAACCAAGCAGAGAGCUACCAAGCAGGAGACUACCAGACGGAAGAUGGGAGGAGCAAGGGGAGGGGGAGUGGUGGCGGCCAGUUCAGCACGACCCAGACAGCAACUAAGGAUCAUGGACUACAACGAAACGCAUCACAAGCACAGUUAAAAUACAAGAACUGAGAGAGGAUGGAGAGUAGAACGAGUGGUCGGCCGGAGCAAGAGCUCCAGACAGUAAGAGUUCAAGACAAAGCUCUUUUUUAAAUUCAGUGUUAUUUAUCCCAUUCCCUCAAGUGGACAACAGGAUUUGAACCACUGAUUUUGAUUUACUCCCUUAUCAAAUGUAAAGAUGGGAAGGAAGGUUUAAAUAAGGAUGUAAUGUUACAAUAUACCAGCAGAGACCACAUUAUCUUUAUCUGCUUUGAUUUCACUUAUACAUUUGGGAGUUUUUCAAACAAUUUCAUAAAGAGACACCCUAUUUCCAAAUCCGUUACUUGAUGUUAUAAAAAACCACAAAACAAAUGAGUCUUGUAGGGAUGUUUCUGAAAGCCUGGUUUAGGUUGACUAAUGUCCCUCUUGAGCACCUGUACCGAUGUUGUGUGAGGAGUGGGGUGGGGGUGAUCCUCAAGGCUUGGAGAGUAGAUGUACCAAGCGUGGGAUUGUUGUCCGUAAUUCCAACUCCUCUGCUAUUCUUGGGGAGGAAUCAGGGAUUUUGCCUGUUGCUACAGUAUAGUUUAUAUACAACGCAAGAGGAUUGCUUUUCCAUGCUAAUUUCAUUAGGCCUGCAUUCCUGACAGAAAUGUCCUUUAUGUGGGUCGUUUCACCAAUUCGGUGUAACCAUGCCAAAAAAACGACGGAUUUCACCUAAUUUUAACAUUAUGUCAUAAAGAGCACAUGUUAAAUUAAAGAGAUAAAAUAAUUACUAUAGUAAGUGCCUAUUAAGUGACAAAUAAAGUAACAGGGUUGACUAUUUCAUCUUAAAUCAGCCAUAAAUCCCCUUGUGACAGGAGGAAUGGAAGCUUGUUGUGUGAAACAGAGUAGUAAUUGAAUACAAGCUUCACAUUUUUACUUCUUGUUAAAACAUAUCUAGCCUGUAUCUAAGGGUGACAGGGUUGAUGUGUUAUGCUUGACCCACUCAAUUUUCCGCCACAAAAAAACAGAAAAUGACAGAAAAGAGUAGAACCAAUUCAACUGCUUUUACACUGUAUUGACUUAAAUGUUCAAUGUUUCUAUUGGGAAGAGAAAAAAAAGGAAUAGUUUCAAAUUAAAACGAGAGUUCAAGUUCAUGUAACAGGGUUGACCUUAAAAUGCGGGACAGACGUAAAUUAAUCACCAAUCACAUUAAAUAAAUAAUGAUCUUCAGAAAUUACUUUGUCAAAGUAACUAGGGCAUUACAAUGAUGGUGAAAAUUUGGAGAAAUGUUGGGAUUAAGUGGAUUAAAAUCUUCCUAGAAGUCACAAGGUGCACGGAGGGACAUGUCAAAAUGCUGAAAAGUCUUUAUUCAUAUAAAAAAAAUUGGAUUUAUUGAAUUCUCCAUGUGGUCUAUAGUAAAGGGCACUUCAUUUAAUAUAACAGGCUUUUGAAAUUCAAUAUCGGUGCAAAAGAAUGUCUACUUAAAAUAUCAAAGGGCACCCUUCGCAGAACAACCCAUGUGUUGAAGACAGAGACUGAGUGUGUUUGUGCCUAAUUUGUAUGUAUGCAAGUGUAUGUUGUUUAAGUCAAGUUGCAAUAAGAAAAAUUUGCAACAUUUAGAAAUGCUUUUUUAUAAGUAGAGUUUUUUUUAAAUGAUUUAUUAUUUCAUGAUCACUCCCUUCCCCAAGUAGUCCUAGCCUUGCAAGGGGCUUUGCAACCUGUAAGGAGAAGGAUUUGGGGGAAAUAUUCAAUUUUCAUUCCUGUUAGUGUUGAUGAACGUUACUGAAACUUCCAAUAACAUUUAUUAUCAAACUGGAAUAUUGAUAUGACAACAGCGUUUUGUUAAGAGUUAAAAAUACCUGCAAGGUUCUGCAACUAAUGUUGCUCACGAUAUCCACAUCUUGAAUUUAGGUCAUACUCAUGCUAUGUUCAUUCCAACAAAUAAUUUGCAAUACAUCUACCUGUAUAAAGCAGUGUAUUCUGUUCGAGAUCACUUACAGAAAGACACUUUGAACGUGCCAAACAUUUUAAUCAGAUACUAAAUACAACCAUUUCAGAAUGACACGUUCACCUCGUGUUUCUAUUCUAGUUGAUGCGUUAUGUAUCUGGGGAGGGCUGGAUAGGUUUCUUUCUAAAUGUAAUCCCUUACUAGUCACCUGUUCAAAAUUGUAAUCAGUAAUGUCAUUUUUGGAUAACCCUAACUCAGUAACGUGAUCUGAUUUUACUUUCCCCAUAAGAGGCAUAAGAAGAAUACAAAAAGUAUCCAUCGAACGCAUUUGACGUGUCAUAGUGGUCUCUGACUUGUGGUCAGAUUUGCUCCAGAGGAACAAAACUUUAAAUUGCGCCUUUUUUCAAUGCUGAAUUGAAUGUCGUUGAGAAACAGAAAGAUGUUCAUGUUUUUCACAACAUCCUUUUUAAAGUAAUCCACAAAGUAAUCAUCUAGUUUUUUAAAGUAUCUGUAAUCUGAUUACAACAUUUUUGCCGGUAACGCAACUGAUUACCGUUAAUUUUAAAUCAGUUACUCCCCAACCCUGUGUCUCGGUGUCUCUCGAAUGCUGCAUAAAAGGUUUACAUGUGUCAUCUGUUUUCUGAGAACAGAACAAAAACAGAAGUCUCUGCCAAUUGAUUCUUAUUGGUCCUACUGACCUAUGGCAGUAAAAAGUGGAAGAAUUUUACUUUGAUGUGGACAUUGAAAGUUGGGUCCUUCCAUGUGUUGAAAUGGUCAUAAAUCCUGUUGUCCACUGAACUUCAGCUGUCAUUCCCUCUGCCUUGCUAUCUAAAAGCAUGUUCAACAAUCCACUUUAAUGCCAACAGUACAGUAUAGUAGUAGGAACUACAACAAACCAAGAUAGAUGGUACAAUCAAGCGUGAACUGAAUGGAAAGCUUGAGUUGGGACUCCUUUUGGAGUUGGAGAUUUUGAAAAAAGGCAAAAAACAAAGUUAUUUAAAGCAGUUGCUUGUGUUUAACUGUGAACAAUAAAAAAAUAAAAAUCGUCUUCAAUGUUUUGCACUACA